AUGGAAGGGCAACCCCACGGCCUGCCCAGCACACCUCCGCCGGAGGCAUGUGUAGGAAAUCCACAAUUACUCCCGCCAGAGACUUUGGCCCAGGGCAACUCACAAAUUGAACGAGUGGGCUCGGACAAAGCUACCCACCAGUGCCCUCUGUGCCCACGUAAGUACGAGAGAGCGGAUCACCUCAGCCGCCAUCUGAAAACACACGAGAAUGCUCGCUCUCACAGGUGUAAUCAGUGUUCUAAGCGCUUCAAUCGAGCCGACUUACUCAGCCGACACGAAAGUAGCCACAACCGCACGCCUGGCAAGCGAAAGGAUGAUGGUGACCGGGUCCUUGUCGCCUGCCGCGCUUGCAUAGCCUCGAAAUCCAAAUGUCAAGAUGAAAAGCCUUGUGUUCGGUGCGUCACAAAGGGGAUUCGAUGCGAAGUUUCGCCAAACAGGGCCCGAGCACAGUCUACUUCUUUGCAUAAGAAUCCGGCUGCGAGUGCAUCAUUUGGUAACAGGUCUAGCAAGUCUGCUUCACCAAGACGGCUUAAUGGGGAAGGCUCUGCUCAUCAGGGACAGCUCUCAAGAUCUUCAGAGAUAGAAGAACACAUGGGCGACGAUACUGAAGGUGUCGCUUACCGAGAACAAUUAUCGGGAUUUUCCAGAGACGGAAGCGCGAAUGGGGCAACUAUGAUGGGUGAUAGUAACGCUAUGGAGGUAGAUUACGACGAACAGUCUAUUGGCGUGGCUUUCCAGACUGCUGGCAUCAAUAGGGGGUCCAGUAUUGGAGGUGGGGCACUCAAUUCUGUCCAUUUGUCCUCGGUGUAUGAUCAACCUCCUGCUGAGCAGUUUAUAUCACUUGCAGACCAAUAUCAGUUUACCGAGCAAUUUGGGUUUAUUCCAAGGAAUACCUAUUUUGGGGAAGAAGAUGACUUUGAUAUGUGGGAGAUGGAUGGUGCCGGAUUUGAAUUCCAACCCUUCAUGGAGUCAGCACCAACGCAGGAGCGGCAAAGCGAAAAGCCUGUUGAGGAAUGCUCAAGCUCGAGCUCACGGGCAACAAAGCUUCACGCAGCGUUUGAGAAGUCUGCAUGGAUCUGGAAUCCUACGCAGAAUGAUCACUCCCUGAAUGACCAGACCAAUCUUGAGGUCGAUGACACCAACAUCGCAGUCGCCUCCACCCCCGAAACUCCUGGCACGACCAUGGAUCAAUUCCUCUUUUGUUGCAUAGAUUCGAGUAUGAGAGACCGGAUUCUCCAUAUCAUCUUUAAUCUUCGUGUAUAUCAUACCCCCAUUCGCGCCUUUCCUCCUUUGAGUCUCUUGAACCUUCUAAUUCAGGUCCACUUUGCACAAUCAAAAUUCAAUGCCGACCAUUUAAUACAUGCAGCCUCGUUUGAUUCAAAGUUGGCUUUACCAGAGCUCGUCCUCGCCAUUACCGCUGCAGGUGCCAAUGCAAUAUUAACACCUUCCAUACGAAGGAUGGGCCUCGCCCUCCAAGAAAUUGUGAGGCAUACAAUUGCUGAACUAUGGGAACGUAACAACGCCAACACCCGCCGGUUGCAAACAAUACAAGCUUGGAUUUUGAAUUGCGAAAUUGGACUUUGGAGUGGCGUCAAGCGGAAGAUGGAAAUCGCGGAGAGUUUUCUUCAGCCUGUGAUUGUCAUGAUGAGAAGGUCGGGCGUUUUUGCCAUGGGAAAAACACCUUCAGACUUACGACCUACCAAGCACGACCCUGAUGCAGUUUUGCAUGCUAAGUGGAAUAGAUUUAUUGAACGUGAAUCAUACAAACGUUUGGCGCUGCGCACAUUCAUUCAAGAUGCGCAAGCUUCGUCGGGGUUUCAGAAACCACCACAAAUCUCGUUUACGGAGCUUGACUUUGAUCUUCCCUCUUCCCAGGACCUGUGGCUUGCACAGUCCCCAGUCCAAUGGCGAGAUGUGUAUCUCGAGAAGCAGGACGUGGACAUCCCGAUGUUACUAGAAGCAAUGCAGAACCCAGAACUUUUAUCACAAUCGGAGGCACUCAUUGACAGCAAGGCUUGCGCUAUGGCAAUAACAGCUGGGCAUUGGGGUCAGAUAUGGAGAUUGGCAGAAGCUAAAAAGUUCUACCCAACUUUUAAGGCUGCAUAUCGCCUUUCUUUAAUGACUGAACAGGAUGAACUGUAUCGAGCUCUGAUCUCGGGGGUGGCAAGUAUGUCAGAUUUAUGUAAGCAUGAUCCUUCAAUAGCUCUUUUCGGCGAGUUCUUCUUAAUGGUGUCCCACGAGGCACCUGAAGAUAUCCAACGUUUUGCGGGGAAGUUUGGACCCGAAGAAUCUCGAAAGGUCUUCGGAACCUUCCAAGAAUGGUCCAAUCUUCCGGAGAGCAGAAUGACUAUCUGGCAUGCAGGACAGGUAUUGAGGGCGGCAGCACAGUUCAAUCAAUGCAGUUUGAAAGACUUUUACGCCGUUGCAGUCUACUAUGCGGCUCUGACACUUUGGAUUUACGGAACGAUGCUUUUCUCUCGCGAAAAGGACCUAUUUGGACCAGUCUCCCAUCAAAGAGUAGUCAACACCGAAACUAUCUCAGAUUCUGUGGCUUUGAAUCAGGCCGAGAACGAAUCCGUAAAGACUUUUCGCGUCGUGAAUAAAGGGACACCGGGUCUUGUGGUAAUAGAUAACGAUCAAAUCCACCGCUUUAAGCCGCUCUCAUCUACAAGGUGUGUCUUGGAGUACGCUCAGAACAUACUUAGAACCAAUUUUUCGAACUCCCAUGAAACAUUGCCAGGCAUGAUAGAGAGUUUAGCAAAUCUCAUGGCAGAUCUGAGCUCUUUACCGGAAGGUAGGAACUCUCGAAUGGCGACGGAGGGGCCAGAUUAG